CACAAGAAGCUUUUCAUCCUCAUGGAGCAGGACGUCAAGGACUACAGCAAGGAUCUGAGUCUUUUCCUAACAGCGCAGGACGUCAAGAACAACAACAACUGCAAGGCCACCAUCAUCGUGACUUCGGUGCGUAUCGAUUUAAUGCUUCGCAACGGCAACAGUUGGAGGCGCUUCACCAUAACGGAGGUAAUGGACGACAGCAGAACCAUCUUCAAGGCGAGCAGCAACCAGGAUCUCUUGGCCACCAUCUUCCAGUGCAGCAGCAAGGGUCUGAUCUUCCUUCAGGAAUAACGGGUCAUCAGGGACAACAGCAGUCUAAUCCUGCGGGAGCAACAGGUCAGCAACAGCAGGAGCAUCCUCAUCCUUGCCGCGAAAAUAGAGUCCUAACCGACCGCGAAGACCCAGCUUUUCAGGCCGCUGUUUCGCAAGCAAGAGAGAUGAAUGAAGAACUCCUUGGGCGCGGGUUAACUGCGCAAGAGAGGUACAACUUGACCAUGCAAAUUUGGGACCAGUGUUUUGGAAACUCUAAAGUGUAUCAAGCCUAUCGUCCGCAACAACAACAAGGAGGUCAAAGCUCUCAAGGAGGUCAAGGCUCUUCUGAAGGAGGUCAAAGUUUUCAAGGAGGUCAUUGUCAAGUCAGUUCCGUACACAUAGGUCAGGGUUUUCAGACAGGAGUGGACUGCUUUGGCACCAUUGGAGAAUCAUUUUAUCGAGAGGGAGGGCAAGGAGUUGAUCAACAUGGAGCAGGUCAGCAACAAGUUAUUAAGGCCAGUUUUUCACUAUCCUGAAUGUGGACUAUGCUGAGUGGGGUCGCCCUUGUGAUUUAAAGAGGAAACAAAUCAAGGUGAAACCAAAGGGCAACUAAAAACUCCCGCAACCAGACAUAGUGAAGAAGAAAAAACAGCGUUAACAAGCCAGGAGGUGAUCAAGUUCAACCUGACGAUGACGUUUUUGAAAGACGGCAAUCUAGUAUGGCAACAGUGAUAGUCGACGUCGAUAAUCGACCUGUGAGUCAGGGCGUCGCGAAUUGGAUUGAAGGUCUACGUCUCACAUUAGAAAGGAGUCGGAAAGAAAGUUCAGAGGGGUUGUAUGGAAGUUGUAGUUGACCUCUCUAUGUUUCGUCUUGCCGGUGGUUCGGUAUGACCACUUGCGACGCAAUGACGAUGAUAGGCAUAUCUGUGACCUCCUUUUCAAGUAGGACACAAGUCAUUUAGAUAAAUAUGCGAACGCGAACAUGAAGAUCAAAUAGAGCAUCUGGCACUUGUUUUCCGUGUCUUUCCGCAUCGAUUUACUGACUAAUGAUCGACUAACUAUCAUAUUUCUCUAGCCGAUAAAUGAUGAAUGUUUAAAAGAAUUCUCACAUGUGGUAGGAUCUUAGUCCCAAUAAAGUCACUAAACACGUAACUAACUUACUUUGACUUUUGUUUGCCCCCUAUACUGUCUAUGAUGAUAAACUUUUUAUAAGUGUUUGAAGUUGAGUUAUUUCCUUACAUUUCCAAGGCAUAGGCGUGUAAGUAGAUAGAACUCUGAAAGCUUGGCUAGUAUUAGGGUAGUGAAAUAAUAGUGUUGUAGUUGUUGCCGUAAUCAAAGAGGUAGUGCGUGAUAUAGGGCGUUGCUUUAAACUUGCUUACAGCUUACUUGGAUGGAAAUAGGUAGUUUUCUAGUGUCGUUUUGGCGCUUAAAAAAGCUCCUGGUAGGCCAACGCAAGAAGAGAACCGGGACCCCUGCGGGGGGUCCACG